AUGGACGCCGAGAUUCGCUCCGUGCUGCCCAACAUCGACCCGGUACUGUCGGAGUACUCCGCCGGGUACCUGACCCAUGCCUCCACCGCAUGGGCUGGUGAUGAAGAAGCUGCCGGACAGUCCCCGCUCGACGAGGCCGCUGUUACCAUCACAGAGCUCUUGCUUUCGGCAUCGGGGAGCCAUGGCACCGCCACUCAUGAUAAGAUCCGGAGCUUGGUGGAGAAGUGGGUUGACAAGUAUGCAGCCGCCAGCAACAGUGAGGAGAGGAGAGGACCGGAGGUCAAGCGUCUCGACCAGACCAUUCAAGUGAGCGCCCAGAGGAAUAUGUCCUCAACCCUUGCCGUGGCGACCGGCUCCGUCGACUUGGAGUCGGCGAACAUCCGCAAGGUCGAGUCGAAGGUCGACAAGAAGAAGCUUGAAAAGGCCGAGCGCAAGAUCGCGGCCAAGCAGAACAAGAAGACCUUCAAGACCGUGGAGUAUGAAGCUUCGCGUCUGCUCAACCAACCCGAGACCACGGAGUCGUACGAGGAGUUUUACAUGGCCGUCAACCCCCUGCAGCUCGGAAGCCAGAGCGGCAAGUCUAAGGAUAUCAAGAUCGACAACAUUGAUGUGUCCAUCGGUGGCUUGAGGAUAUUGACCGACACCACGCUGACUCUCUCCAAUGGCCACCGUUACGGUUUGGUUGGUAACAACGGCAUCGGUAAAUCGACUCUGCUCAGGGCUCUCUCGAGGAGAGAAGUGCCCAUUCCAACCCAUAUCUCUAUUCUCCAUGUCGAACAAGAGAUCACUGGUGAUGAUACCCCCGCCCUUCAGGCCGUCCUGGAUGCCGACGUCUGGCGCAAGGUGUUGCUCAAAGAGCAAACCGAAAUCACGCAAAAGCUGGCGGAUAUCGAAGCUCAACGGGCGUCAAUGGCCGAUACAUCGACGGAUGCUGCCAAGCUUGACAAGGACCGCGAAGCCCAGGACCAGCGUCUCGGAGACAUUCAAGCCAAACUGGCCGAAAUGGAGUCUGACAAGGCCGAGUCGAGGGCUGCGAGCAUUCUGGCCGGUCUGGGUUUCUCACCCGAGAGGCAACAAUUCGCCACCAAGACCUUCUCCGGUGGUUGGAGGAUGCGUCUCGCCCUUGCCCGUGCACUCUUCUGCGAGCCUGACCUGCUUCUUCUCGACGAACCGUCCAACAUGUUGGACGUCCCCUCGAUUACCUUCCUUUCGAAUUACCUGCAAGGCUACCCCAACACCAUCCUUGUUGUAUCCCACGACAGAGCAUUUCUCAACGAGGUUGCUACUGACAUAGUGCACCAACACUCACAACGACUCGACUAUUACCGCGGCGCCAACUUCGACACCUUCUAUGCUACAAAGGAAGAACGUAAGAAGACAGCUAAGCGGGAGUAUGAGAACCAGAUGGCACAGCGUGCCCAUCUCCAGGCUUUCAUCGACAAAUUCCGAUACAACGCCGCCAAGUCGUCCGAAGCCCAAUCUCGUAUUAAGAAGCUUGAGCGCAUGCCGGUUCUGGAGCCGCCCGAGACGGAAUACAGCGUUCACUUCAAGUUUCCCGAUGUCGAAAAGAUGUCUCCGCCGAUCAUCCAGAUGUCUGGCGUCACAUUCGGCUACACCAAAGACAAGAUCCUUCUUCGCAACGUCGACCUCGACGUCCAGCUCGACUCUCGUAUCGGUAUUGUUGGGCCCAACGGAGCGGGUAAGACAACUAUCCUCAAGCUUCUUAUUGGCAAGCUGCAGCCGACAAGCGGUCUUAUUUCCCAAAACCCCCGCCUACGCAUCGGGUACUUUGCUCAGCACCACGUCGACGCCCUGGACCUCGACGCCAGCGCCGUCACUUUCAUGGCUAAAACUUAUCCGGGCCGAACGGAUGAGGAAUACCGCCGGCAGCUGGGUGCCUUUGGCAUCACAGGCACGACAGGCCUUCAAAAGAUGGGGCUCUUGUCUGGUGGUCAAAAAUCCCGUGUCGCUUUCGCCUGCCUGGCCCUCACCAACCCCCACAUUCUAGUCAUGGACGAACCGUCCAACCACUUGGAUAUUGAGGCUAUGGAUGCCUUAGCUGAGGCCCUCAAGGAAUUCCAGGGCGGCGUGCUGAUGGUAUCCCACGAUGUCACGAUGCUGCAGACUGUCUGCACAUCGCUGUGGGUGUGUGACGGUGGCACGGUCGAGAAGUUCCCUGGUGAUGUACAGGCUUACAAGAAGAGGAUUACUGCACAGGCAGAUGCCGCGGGUGUUGUCCAAGCCCAUUAG